AUGGGACGUCAUUAUCUUGUGGUAUUCUUGGCAGUAUUGUCCAUUGUAUUCGCAGGUAUGCAAGUUACCUCUGGCAGUUUUGAAUGUUUAGCUGCUGUUGAUUGCCCAGGUAUAUCAAGAUCAAAUAUGAGCAGCUCCUUGUUGUCACAUAUUAAAUAUCAUAAUGCUUGUAAAGCAUUUUACAGUUCUCAGAAAACAAACAUUAUAAAAAGAACCGACGUCGUGACCGACCUUAAAAGCAGUUUUCAGUAUACCAAUUUUGUCAAUUCUCAAUGCAGUAAAAGUACUAUUCCAGACUUUCUUUCCUACUUUUGGUUUGUGUUAUUUAUUCAAGCAUUUGUCCUCAUCGUACUUGAUAAUCUGUGGCUUAAACUCCCUAAUACUGCGUCAGUUAUUGAAAAUUUUGUAGCUCUUGUCAUGGAAUGUUAUGCUUCACCAUGCCCAAAUUUGGCGUUAACGCAAGCUCUUUCAGACAUUCCUGGACGACGUUAUGCAGAUGAUCAGCAGCGAGAUGGUAACAAUUUCGAAAUGACAAAUCCAACCACUGACAAUGACCAGUCUUGCGAAUUCAAUAUAUUGGAGGAUCCUGCAACUAUCAGUUCGGUUAAGGCUUUGUGUGAAAAAGUACAUACACUCGAGGAAAAUGUUAAAUCGUCUCAUAAACUUGUUAAAAUUUGGCAGUUAUAUUUGCUACAAUCUAUCUUUCAAGUUUCAUUUGCCAUCAUAUUCUUCACUGUUGAUAUUUACUACAUGAAGGAUUUACAAGAAACAAUGAUCUGUACACUUACUCAACACAUCCCUGUUUCUCAUGAUUAUUUCAUUUGUUCACAUAGCCUUGCACCUGCAUUUGCCUUGGGGUUGAAAUGGUUAUAUCUUCCCACAUUAGGGGUGGCCCUUGCCAUUUUUAUUUUUAUCACUGCAUGGACGUUCUCGAGAAAAGGAAAAAGCGAAUUUAAAUAUAACUUUGAAGAGAGAAGAUUGCCUCGCCUGGUAGGAAUUGAGUUGUCCGAUAUUCCUCCAGUGAACGAAGACUUUGGUUUUCUUCUGCACCUGUUGCACUCCUAUAACAAAUUAUAUGUAGUCCGAUUCGCCCACUUUUUGUCUAAAAGAAACAAAAAGAAAAUUCAAACAUUUUCCUUGAAGAAGGAGUACCCUGUUUCAAAUUUGGAAAGACAAUUGAAGGAGAAUGGAAAUAAACUAACCUUUAUUGGAAUUCAAGGAAUACCAGAAACCAUAUUUAAUCUUGCUACAGAAAUUGUAACACUUGAAUUUAUAGAAUGCAGGCUAGAAAAUGAUGACUUUGAAAACUUUUACCAGCUUACCAGCCUGAGAAAGUUAUCGAUUGUUAAAUGUCGUCUUAAAUCCAUUCCAGAUGGUAUUUUAAACAUUGAAUGUUUGGAAGUACUUAAUCUCAAAGGAAAUGUUUUAACAUCAGUUAAUCGAAGCAUCUCCAAUUUACGGAAUCUGACUACUUUGGAUUUAUCAAACAAUAAUUUAGAAGCCAUAGAAUCUGAAUCAUUUGAAAACCUUGGCAAUCUUCUUGCAGUUUACCUAUCUGGCAAUUCAAAAUUACAAAUGGCAGCAUUAAAGGUUGUACUAGCAUGUCAAAGAUUGCGCAUUUUGGAUUCCCCUCGACAUCUUGCAGAUAGAAAGCACGAGUUAAAUCAGUUGGAGAGGAGCAAAUUUGAUGCUGUCAACUUUGCUGGGAAAGGAAAUGUUGUUAUUCCAUACACACCUGAGGAUGCUCCUCAUAUUGAUUUAGAAGACCAUGAGAAAAUUUAUAAAAUGGACUCCCAUCCUAAAGGUAUAGCCAUCAUUAUUAACAACUACUCAUAUCAAAAGGCUAGUCUCGAAAAUCGAACAGGUAGUGAGAAAGAUGUUUUUAUGUUGAAGUUAUUAUUUGAAAAAAUUGGCUUUGACACCGUGUGUUGUAUAGACUAUAAAGCUAAACAAGCCAAGGAUUUCCUAGAAGAAUGUGCUGAAAACACGAAGUACAAGGAAUGUGAUUGCAUUGCUGUGGUUAUAAUGUGUCACGGUUUCGAAGAAGGUCUUAUAUUUUCUGAUGGCGAAGUGAUUCCUGUCAUGGAUCUUGUUAAAUCUGUUGAGAAGUCUCCGUUGUAUCAAGAAAAGCCCAAAUUAUUUUUUAUCCAAGCUUGCAGAGGAAGUUAUCAUGCCGGCGGACCUGCUAAUUUGGCUCCUCGUUCCUACGUACUUGUUCCAAAUUCCCAUGAUAAUGUUCCAUCAGCAUCAAACCGAAACACAAUACAUUCCACACUUCAUGAUGCUGUCGCUGAUGGAUUCCUUCCUUCUGCUGCUAAGAGCAAAAACACGACGAUAGAGGCAUCAUCACCACACGUUAUGAUUGAACCUCCUUCCAUACCAGAAGGAGCUGACAUUUUGUUAUCAUAUUCAACUAUGGAUGGUUAUGUCUCGCUUCGUAACAUUGAAUUUGGUUCAUGGUACGUGCAAGCUUUAGUCGAGACAUUUUCCGAACAUGCUUGGGAAGAAGACAUUCUAAGUCUGCUUACACUGGUUAAUUACAAAGUUGCUCGCGCUUGCAGCCAAGCCGGAUGGAGACAGGUACCAGCUCCUCAAAGUACUUUAAGAAAAAAAUUGUACUUACUUCCAGGGUAUCCAAGUCAGCCUAAGCCAAUCGAACCACAACAGCGGAAUACAUACGUAUAA